UCUUCUUAUUCUCAUCUUCCGAAUCAAGCAAACAACGCAGCUGCUUCUAUCUACCAAUCAUAACCACCAAUGGCGUCGAUGCUAACCGCAGCAACGGCCAGCACCAGCGCCGCCGUACUCAGCCCCACCCCGUUUCUCGGCCAAACCAAUAAGGCCCCAAUUUCCAACCCUCUCCGAGAUGUUGUUCCCAUGGGCUCCGCCAAAUUCACCAUGGGGAAUGAGUUGUGGUACGGACCGGACAGAGUGAAGUAUCUGGGACCCUUCUCAGCCCAGACGCCGUCGUACCUGACCGGAGAGUUCCCCGGCGACUACGGAUGGGACACCGCCGGUCUGUCGGCGGACCCCGAGGCUUUCGCCCGGAACAGGGCCCUGGAGGUGAUCCACGGGCGGUGGGCCAUGCUCGGAGCUCUGGGAUGCAUCACCCCAGAGGUGCUGGGGAAGUGGCUGAAAGUGGGCUUCAAGGAGCCGGUCUGGUUCAAGGCCGGCGCCCAGAUCUUCUCGGAAGGCGGGCUCGACUACUUGGGCAACCCGAACCUGGUCCACGCCCAGAGCAUUCUAGCGGUGCUUGGGUUCCAAGUGGUUCUGAUGGGGCUGGUGGAAGGAUUCCGGAUCAACGGGCUGCCCGGCGUCGGAGAAGGCAACAACUUGUACCCCGGGGGGCAGUACUUCGACCCGCUCGGGUUGGCGGAUGACCCGGUGACGUUUGCGGAGCUGAAGGUGAAGGAGAUAAAGAACGGGAGGCUGGCGAUGUUCUCGAUGUUCGGGUUCUUCGUGCAGGCCAUAGUGACCGGCAAAGGGCCGCUGGAGAAUUUGCUGGACCAUCUGGAUAAUCCGGUGGCCAACAAUGCUUGGGUUUAUGCAACCAAGUUCGUGCCCGGAUCAUAGGAAGUUGAAUGUAAUUUGGGAGGAAGAUUGAUUAGUUAAAUCUUGUGGGUUCUGUGGGUCAAUGAGGCAAUUAAUUGAUUAGGGCCUGUAAAUUAAUGUGGUA